AUGACCAAGACUGUUGAUGAAGCUAAGGUUCUUAUUGAGAAUCUUGCAGCUAGUGAUUGUAACAACUGUCCUGAUUAUGACCGCUCAAGCCGCACCACUACUAGCUCCCCUGAUUCUUUUCAAAUGACUGAACUCAAGAACAUGAUGGCUCAAGUUCUUAAGGGACAGCUCAAGCAUAUCAAUGCAAUAGAAGGGAUGAGUGAUGCUAAUGAAGAUUCAUCAAGAGAAUGCAUGGGAGAUUUCUCUAAUGAAGCCAAUGAAGAAGAUGUGAACUACAUUGGAAACUAUGGGAACAAGGGAUACAAUCCAAGCUAUCGCCCAAACCCCAACAUGUCUUAUAGAAACCCCAAUGUGGAGAAUCCUCAAGACCAAGUGUAUCCUCCAAGGUAUCCACAACAACAAAGACCUCCUUACCAAUCUCAAGGAAGUCAAUUUCAGCCAAGGCAAGGAUAUGAGCAGAGAUCAUCAUAUCCGCCCAAGGAGCCAUAUGCUUCUUCACCAAAUCAAGCUCCUCCAAACCAACAAGGUGGGAGAUUUGAAGGAAUCCUCCAACAGAUCAUGGAUGGCCAGAAGAGAAACACUAAAGAGAUGUAUGAGAAGAUGGACACUUUGUUCAGCAAUCUCAACACCAAGUAUGAUGCUGUUGCCACUCAUGUGAAGAAACUAGAGACUCAAGUCACUCAAACUAUGGAAGCUGUUAAGAGACAGGAAGCUGAAUCCAAGAAGUCCUUUUGCAACUCAGCCGCCAUAGAAGAAAGAUUUGAAGACCAAGUUCCAGAAUGGAUGCUUUCAAAACCUACUGUUGAUUGCAUGAUUUGGCCUGAAGAGAAUUACCCAGAGAGAGAGUCCAAUCGAGCUAGAAAGAGAAGACUCUUCCCAAAGAUUAUCCCCAAGACAGAUAACUCAGGAAAGUUUGCUGUGCCUUGUAUCAUCAAAGGUAACAUUCUUGAGCAAUCUUUGUGUGACACAGGAGCCAAUGUGAACAUCAUGUCUAAGAGGAUAGCUGACAAGAUAGGCCUCACCAAGAUAGAGCCAUCAUCCAUCUCCAUCAACUAUGCUGAUUCAUUCUCACAAACACCCUAUGGCUUUGUGCCUAAUGUGAUGGUGCAGAUUGGAAAUUGCUCUAUCCCUACUGAUUUCCAGAUUGUGGAAAUGAGAGAGAGUAGCCAUAGACCUCUCAUAUUUGGAACCCCUUUCCUGUCUACUGUGGGUGCCAUAUUUGAUUUCCCCAAUCAAAGAAUCUCUUUCAACAAGGUGAACAAGGGUAUGUUCUUCCCUAUGUGUUCAACAAAGAACUCUUUUGUUGACAUGGUCCAAGAGGAGAAAGCUACUUUGAAGCCACCCCAAGAAGGAGAAACUGAAGAAACAAUCAAGGAAGAUCCCAUUCCUAAGCCCAAGCAGCUUGCCAAACAAGCAAGGAGUAAGACUAAGGCCCCUACACCAAAACCGCCCAAGGGAUCAACCAAGAUUGAAGAUGAGGCCAAGCCAAGAAGGAAGGUUAGAAAACCUAGGUCUGGCCGCAACAUGAAGCUUCUAUUCCCAAAGGAGCUUAUUGAUGAGAAUCUAGAAGGAUUCAAGGAGAAAGUGACAAGAACUCUAAAGCUUUUUCCUAAGGCAGUAGUGCCAAGGGACAUUCAUGGAGAGAUUGUCUAUCCAGCUGUGAAUCACCCACCAGAUACUCAUUGCAAGGAGAAAAGACUUGGAGGAUCAAGGAUGCCUCUUGUCUCCAUCUUCUCCUGA